GGUUUCCGGUGUAACGAUGGUGUCGACUAAUGAGGUGGUGAAUGAUUGUCAAUCCUUACCAGAGGGACGGGCCCAUACCAUCGGCAGCACUGCAGGGGCCCUCAGCUCUCGUAGUGAACUGCUCAAUCUAAUAUCACAGAUUAAAUCUAGGGUACAGGAUAAACUCACUGGGGUGGACUUUCCUAUACCACAAUUCAUUCUAAUCGGCCGUCAAUCUGUAGGAAAAAGUCGUCUGGUUGAAGCCCUAGCUGGUGAACAGUUUAACUUCGUGUCUGGAACACUGGGCUCUAGGCGGCCCACAGUACUAGAAUUUCGUAAUGAUCCUAAGCUCACGACAUCACGAUGGCAAAUACUCAACACAUCCAUUCAAGUUUGGGAAGAAAAGACUUUACCGCAAGUUUUGACAAUGGUUUCGGAUGCUCAUGAGUCCCUUGGUGCUAACGUUACAAGAGAUCCGAUCUAUGUUAGAGUGGAAGGCAAACACUGUGUAGAUAUGCAGAUCACCGAUCUACCAGGCUUCCGGGAGUUCGCCCUUGAUAAAGAGAAACAGUCCUUGGCCGACCAGAUAGAUGAUCUGGUCAGCUCUUUCAUGCACGACCCUCGUAAUGUGAUGCUCUGUGUUGAAGAGGCUGGGGAUGCAGCUAAUCUAUCGACUCUGGCUCGAUGCAAACGAGUAGAUCCUUAUUACAAUCGGACAAUCCUCAUCAGGAAUAAACUGGAUAAAUACUACCGAGACCUCACAGCACAGAGCGUUAACGAAUGGCUGGGAGGGUAUGGUGACCUGCCCGACAACCUAGUUAAGUUCUGCCUUACACUGCCGUUUUGGGAUGAGAAGCACGGUGGUCCUCCAAAACCAUUCAUUAAGUUGAGGAAGGAGAUGAAUGACAGAGAUAUUGCUGAGUUGAAAUCAAAAGGAGCGUCACAGCAAUUCAUGCAAUAUGUUGGCUUCAAUAGCUUUGCCCGUUUUAUGGAGAAGAAGAUUGAAUCACUAUUCACCGAGUCCAUCGGCCCGUGCUUGCGUAAACUCCAGGAUUUAGAUAAGGAAUGGACAGAGAAAAGGGAUUCCAAUCAACAAAUGUUGACUGAUAUCGACCCGGACCAUAUAGUGAACACCAUCCGUGCUGCGGGAAGAUCCUUCUCGGAAGCACUCAACCAUGUGAUGGAAGGCAGCAUCCGAUCACGGGUUAAUCGCCUGACACUCGCUGAUGAACUGUAUGAGUUCCAUCAAUGGAUGCAGCUACAAGACUUCAGUCAAGACUUCCCUCUCCUUCCUACUGAUGACUUUGCCAGCUUGGACCAGUACAUAGAGUACCUUGGGAAGGACUGCAAGGUUCCGUCGUUCGAUCAACCCUUGAAUGGUGGUGCUCAAUUCAAGCGGCUGAAGUUCGAGUGCGAGGUCUUCUUUCGGUUCUCGGACAUCUGCGUUGAUAUCUCUAAACGAGAUGUCAUACAGGCUAGGGGUGUGAGUGUGAGUCAGGUCUCUUGGCAAGAUGUUAUAUUGAAGUUGUUGGCGAAAGAGGGGCAACAAAAUGUUCGAAAUAAGAUUUCCUACGUCGGUCGGCGUAUUGAAUGGUUUUUCCUCAAGCAGAAAGAGGUUGUCAUCGAGUUCAUGGCCAAUCUAAAGGGCUCCUGUGAUGAGCACUUAUAUUCCCAACUAUUCAGCAAACGUGUGAAGAUGAUACAGGAAAGCGACAUAUGUCGGGAGCUCAUCUAUGAGAAAUUCGAUCAAACGUUGGAGCGACAGUAUGGGCUUUUCUCCCAGCUCUUCCGGAAUACACUGCAAUCGGCGUUUGCUAAUCCUUGGGCUCUUGUGAAGGCGUCAUCAUGGCAGAUUGAUCUUACUGAUGAGGGUUUCGAAGACAUGUGCCUCCCAUCCUUUGACGAUACCAAGGCCAGGAUACCCAUAGAAAUUGAAUGGAGAUCGAGGAUGGAACGGAAACUCAGGAAGCGACUGAAUAACAUCUCCACAGAUCCGGUAUGUGCAAUAAGAAGACUAUCAUCAUAACUACGGACAUGGGCUUUGGUCAGUUGAUGGUCGAUGAUGCUGUUGAGAAGAUUCAAACUUUGAUGAUGAUCACAUUCAUCAACAUUCGGAACUGUCUUUGUGACCAGUUAGAGCUCUUCGCUGAUAGCUUCUUCCAGUUGCCCAUGGCAAGGCACCUCCAAGGGGAAGUGAGUACCAUCCAACUGCGACCAGAGGAUCGUGCCCCAUUCCUUGCCAAGCGGGAGGGUCUCGAGCAAGAAGUCAAUAGCUCGAAGGCGAUGCUUGAGGAUAUUGAAUGGUGUAUAGACCAAAUUCAUACCUUUGCCCUCACAACCAAGGCCCGUCAAUCACCAACAGACUGGAAGAAGAACUACUGACCAAUAAUAGCUAUCAUUUUAUGAGCAUUCAGCAUACGAGCAUUUUCAUUUUUAUUCGAGUAGAACCAUCCUCAACUGCUAGGCUAUAUGAUACCCAUCUGUUAACUAUCUUCCACAACAUUCAAGAUGUUCCUGCAUAUUUAAUGCUUGUCUGUGAUACUUUUGCUAUGAGCAAGGUUUCUAGUC